GAGACCAGGCUCCUGGUCAGGAAGGCAAGGGUUAAUCUGGGGGGGGGGGUGGAGACUCUCUCGCCUUUUCCUGUGGAGAGUGAGGUUUGGCUGCUACCAAAGUUACUUCCAGUCCUUGCUGUCCCUCCUGGCCUCCUGUGGUCCUUCCCAGGGACCCCUGCAUUCAGCCUCCAUACUCAGAGGUACCAGGGAGUCCCGACCAAUUGCUCUUGGCUCCUCAACUGGCUUCCUCCCUCCAGUGGCUUAUGGGGUACUAUCCUGCCCAGCUCCGCUAAGAUGAUCCUGGCCUCUCCCUCCACCCCGUCCAGGGGACGGACCCCCAGCGCCGUGGAGAGGUUGGAGGCCGACAAAGCCAAGUAUGUCAAGACACACCAAGUGAUAGCACGACGUCAGGAGCCAGCCCUGCGUGGGGGUCCCGGACCGCUCUCCCCGCACCCCUACAAUGAGUUGGGACCCCCUGGAUCGCCCAGGACGCCCAGGCCCGCCCGCCGGAGCAGCGGCAGGCGGCUGCCAAGGCCUGACUCCCUCAUCUUCUACCGCCAGAAGCGGGACUGCAAGGCUUCGGUGAACAAAGAGAACGCCAAGGGCCAGGGGCUUGUGCGGCGCCUCUUCCUGGGGGCCCCCCGCGACGCCACCUCGAGCAGUCCCGGCCCAACCGAGCGACCAGCGGCUCCUGGGGCUUGGGCCGCUCCCCAAGAUGCCCCGGAAGCGUCAGGAAAGCGGGCGCUGUGCCCCACAUGCUCACUGCCCUUGUCGGAGAAGGAGCGCUUCUUCAACUACUGCGGCCUGGAGCGCGCGCUGGUGGAGGUGCUGGGCGCUGAGCGCUUCUCUCCGCAGAGCUGGGGCGCCGACGCCAGCCCCCAGCCCGGGGCGCCGCCGCCGCCCGGCUCCGGGGACACCAGCGACUGGACGUCCAGCGACACGGAUCGUCCGGACGGUGCUGGCGGCGGCGGGGGCGGCGGCGGCGGCGGCGGCGGCGGCUCGGAGGCCGCGGGCUCGGCGCGGGACGGGCGCCCCCCGGUGUCCGUGGUGGAGCGCAACGCGCGCGUCAUCCAGUGGCUGUACGGCUGCCAGCGCGCCCGCGACCCGCCGCGCGAGUCCGAGGUGUGA